GUCCCGCGAGGAGAGUUCGGGCUGUGUGCGCGUGCGUAGCGCCCAAGGGGCCGGGAGGCACCUCCCGCGGGGCGGGGCCUUGGGUCCCGCGUCGACACCGCCUUCCUGCCCCGCCCCUCGCCGUGACCGGUCCGCCCCUCCUUCCUGGAGCCACAGCUGAGGCAGCGGCGGCGGCAGCAGCCCGGCUGGGGGCGGCGAGUGGCCCGCGCGAGACGCGCCGGCCUCGACCCUAUGCUUUGAUUCGCGUGGCGCAGGCGCCUACUGCCCCGCCGGCGGGGCCCGGGCUUCCUGCCGCGGGAUGUUCUCUCGAAGGAGCCACGGGGAUGUGAAGAAGUCCACCCAGAAGGUGCUGGACCCGAAGAAGGACGUGCUGACCCGCCUGAAGCACCUGCGGGCGCUGCUGGAUAAUGUGGAUGCAAGUGAUCUUAAGCAGUUUUUUGAGACCAACUAUUCUCAGAUAUAUUUCAUCUUCUAUGAAAAUUUUAUAACACUGGAAAAUAGUUUGAAAUUAAAAGGGAAUAAUAAGUCACAAAGGGAGGAGCUGGACUCCAUCCUCUUCCUUUUUGAAAAAAUACUGCAGUUUCUACCUGAACGAAUUUUCUUUCGAUGGCAUUACCAGAGUAUAGGCUCAACUUUAAAGAAGCUUCUACACACUGGAAAUUCUACUAAGAUAAGAUGUGAAGGAAUCAGGCUGUUUCUUCUGUGGCUUCAAGCACUUCAGACAAACUGUGCAGAAGAGCAGGUGCUGAUUUUUGCUUGCCUGGUGCCUGGUUUCCCAGCAGUCAUGUCAUCCAGGGGCCCUUGCACACUGGAGACACUCAUCAAUCCCAGCCCUAGUGUAGCUGAUGUAAAGAUAUAUCCAGAAGAAAUCACUCCACUCCUGCCAGCCAUAUCGGGGGAGAAGAUUGCUGAGGACCAAACCUGCUUUUUUCUUCAAAUACUAUUGAAAUAUAUGGUUAUUCAGGCUGCGAGCUUGGAGUGGAAGAAUAAGGAGAAUCAAGAUACUGGUUUUAAAUUUCUUUUUACAUUGUUUCGAAAGUAUUAUCUUCCUCAUUUAUUUCCAUCAUUUACUAAGUUAACAAACAUCUACAAACCUGUACUUGACAUCCCCCAUUUGAGACCAAAGCCAGUGUACAUUACUACAACUCGAGACAAUGAGAACAUUUACAGUACAAAAAUUCCAUAUAUGGCAGCUCGUGUUGUUUUUAUUAAGUGGAUUGUAACCUUCUUUUUGGAAAAAAAGUAUCUAACUGCAACACAGAACACUAAAAAUGGAGUUGAUGUAUUGCCUAAAAUCAUCCAGACUGUUGGUAGUGGUACUGUGCAGGAGAGAGCGCCUGAGCUGGAUGGUGGUGGGCCCAUGGAGCCGGACAAAAGCCAUUCUAACAGCAGCACCCUGUCGGACCGAAGACUCAGUAACUCCAGCCUCUGUAGCAUUGAAGAAGAGCACCGAAUGGUGUAUGAAAUGGUACAGCGGAUUCUCUUGUCAACACGAGGUUAUGUCAACUUCGUGAAUGAAGUAUUUCACCAGGCAUUUUUGUUGCCUUCCUGUGAGAUAGCUGUAACAAGAAAAGUAGUUCAAGUGUACAGAAAGUGGAUUCUCCAGGACAAACCUGUGUUCAUGGAGGAGCCAGAUAGAAAAGAUGUUGCCCAAGAAGAUGCUGAAAAAUUAGGAUUUUCUGAGACUGAUAGCAAGGAGGCCUCGUCUGAAAGUUCUGGUCAUAAACGAUCUUCCAGUUGGGGACGCACGUACUCCUUCACAAGUGCAAUGAGCAGAGGGUGUGUGACAGAGGAGGAAAAUACAAAUGUGAAAGCUGGCGUCCAGGCUUUGUUGCAGGUAUUUUUGACGAAUUCUGCAAACGUCUUUUUGUUGGAACCAUGUGCUGAAGUUCCCGUGCUCUUGAAAGAACAAGUUGAUGCUUGUAAAGCUGUUUUGAUUAUUUUUAGGCGCAUGAUAAUGGAGCUUACAAUGAAUAAAAAGACAUGGGAACAGAUGUUGCAAAUACUACUCAGGAUAACAGAAGCUGUCAUGCAGAAGCCAAAGGAUAAACAAAUAAAGGACUUGUUUGCCCAGAGCUUGGCAGGGUUACUAUUUAGGACGCUCAUGGUGGCUUGGAUCCGAGCAAACCUCUGUGUGUACAUUUCUCGAGAGCUCUGGGAUGACUUUCUUGGUGUGCUGUCCUCCCUCACGGAAUGGGAGGAACUUAUAAACGAGUGGGCCAACAUUAUGGACUCCUUGACAGCAGUGCUUGCUAGAACCGUUUAUGGAGUUGAGAUGACAAACCUACCUCUGGAUAAAUUAAGUGAACAAAAGGAAAAGAAGCAACGAGGCAAAGGGUGUGUUCUAGAUCCUCAGAAAGGAACCACUGUGGGGAGAUCCUUUUCUCUCAGCUGGCGGAGCCACCCAGAUGUGACCGAACCGAUGCGAUUUAGGAGUGCCACCACAUCUGGAGCACCGGGAGUGGAAAAGGCGAGAAAUAUUGUUCGCCAAAAAGCAACUGCUAAGCGAAGCCAGUCUAUCAGCAACUGUGUCCACCUUUCUGAGGCUUUGCCUGCCACUAAAAGCGUCCCGCUCCUCCUUCACACCGUGAGCGCUCUCUUACCUGGUCUCUCUUACUCUUCUUGCUCUCACAGGCUGUCAGAAGUAGAGGAGUGUCAGCAGUCAGAAAAUGCAUCUGCAGCCGGAUCUGUCUAUCUCACGGUGGGACAGCAGCAGCAGGUCCUUCGGAGCAGUAGUACCUCCGACAUCCCUGAGCCGCUGUGCUCAGAUUCUUCUCAGGGUCAAAAGGCAGAAAACACACAGAAUUUGAGUUCUUCAGGGCCUCAGCCUAUUCAAGAGAAUAAAGGACAUGUGAAGAGAGAACAUGAAGGAAUAACAAUUUUAGUUCGAAGAAGCAGCAGCCCUGCUGAAUUGGAUUUGAAAGAUGAUUUGCAGCAGACACAAGGAAAAUGUAGGGAAAGACAGAAGAGUGAAAGUACCAACAGUGACACAGCUCUGGGCUGUAUCAAUGAGGCAGAGCUGUCCAUGGGCCCAUGGCAGACCUGUGAGGAAGACCCAGAGCUGAAUACUCCCACAGAUGUUGUGGCUGAUGCGGAUGCUCGUCAUUGGUUACAACUGAGUCCCACUGAUGCUUCGAAUUUAACAGAUAGCAGUGAGUGCCUCGCAGAUGACUGUAGUAUAAUCGCCGGGGGGAGCCUCACUGGUUGGCACCCAGACUCUGCUGCUGUGUUGUGGCGAAGGGUCUUGGGGAUCCUUGGAGAUGUGAAUAACAUCCAGUCACCCAAGAUCCAUGCCAGAGUUUUCUGCUAUCUCUAUGAACUCUGGUACAAACUAGCAAAGAUACGGGAUAAUCUGGCAAUAAGCCUGGAUAACCAGUCUUCUCCAUCUCCUCCAGUUUUGAUCCCACCUCUCAGAAUGUUUGCAUCAUGGCUAUUUAAGGCGGUGACACUGCCAAAUGAAUAUAAGGAAGGCAAACUGCAAGCCUACAGGCUGAUCUGUGCCAUGAUGACCAGACGCCAGGACGUUCUGCCAAACUCAGAUUUCCUGGUGCAUUUUUAUCUUGUGAUGCACCUGGGAUUAACCAGCGAGGAUCAGGAUAUCUUAAACACCAUCAUAAGGCACUGUCCACCCCGCUUUUUCUCCCUGGGUUUUCCUGGCUUCUCAAUGCUGGUGGGGGACUUCAUCACAGCCGCUGCCAGGGUCCUUAGCACAGACAUGUUGACGGCGCCUCGUUCAGAGGCUGUCACUGUCCUUGGCUCUCUGGUGUGCUUUCCAAAUACCUACCAGGAGAUUCCUUUACUGCAGUCAGUGCCAGAAGUAAAUGAGGCCAUUACAGGAACUGAAGAUGUCAAGCAUUACCUCAUAAAUAUUUUACUGAAGAAUGCCACAGAAGAACCAAAUGAAUAUGCAAGAUGCAUUGCCAUUUGCUCCCUUGGGGUCUGGAUAUGUGAAGAGCUUGCACAGUGUACAAGCCACCCUCAGGUGAAAGAGGCCAUCAAUGUGAUAGGAGUAACUCUGAAGUUUCCCAACAAAAUCGUGGCCCAGGUAGCUUGCGAUGUGCUUCAGUUGCUGGUUUCCUACUGGGAGAAACUUCAGAUGUUUGAAACCUCUCUGCCUCGGAAAAUGGCAGAAAUCCUUGUGGCCACAAUUGCUUUUCUUUUACCAAGUGCAGAGUACUCCUCAGUGGAAACAGACAAGAAGUUUAUUGUGUCCUUGCUACUCUGCCUCUUGGACUGGUGCAUGGCGUUGCCCGUGAGUGUCCUUCUCCACCCCGUGUCCACGGCAGUCCUAGAGGAACAGCAUUCGGCCAGAGCCCCCUUGCUGGAUUAUAUCUACAGGGUUCUGCACUGCUGUGUGUGUGGCUCAAGCACGUACACCCAACAGAGCCACUACACACUGACCCUGGCUGACUUGUCAUCCACGGAUUAUGACCCCUUCCUGCCACUGGCAAAUGUGAAGAGCUCUGAGCCAGUCCAGUAUCAUUCAUCAGCGGAACUGGGUAACCUGCUGACUGUUGAAGAGGAGAAGAAGAGAAGAAGUUUGGAGUUGAUCCCCUUGACUGCUCGAAUGGUGAUGGCCCACCUGGUGAACCACCUGGGGCACUACCCCCUCAGUGGGGGCCCUGCCAUACUGCACAGCCUUGUCAGUGAGAACCACGACAAUGCCCAUGUGGAAGGCUCUGAGCUGUCCUCUGAGGUGUUCAGAAGCCCAAACCUGCAGCUGUUUGUAUUUAACGAUAGCACCCUCAUCUCCUACCUUCAGACACCCACAGAAGGACUGGCAGGAGGAUCACCAGUGGGCUGUCUCUCUGAUGUGAGAGUAAUUGUGAGGGAUAUCUCAGGGAAGUACUCUUGGGAUGGUAAGGUUUUAUAUGGACCUUUGGAAGGCUGCUUAGCACCCAAUGGAAGAAAUCCUUCGUUUCUGGUUUCAAGCUGGCAUCAUGACACAUUUGGACCUCAGAAAGACUCUUCUCAAGUUGAGGAGGGGGAUGAUGUUCUUGACAAAUUACUUGAAAACAUUGGCCAUACAAGUCCUGAAUGCCUUUUACCAUCACAGCUAAAUCUAAAUGAACCUUCCCUACCCCCAUGUGGCAUGAACUAUGACCAAGAGAAGGAAAUUAUCGAGGUCAUUUUGCGCCAAAAUGCUCAGGAGGAUGAGUAUAUCCAGAGUCAUAACUUCGAUUCUGCAAUGAAAGUCACCAGCCAAGGGCAGCCCUCCCCAGUGGAGCCCCGAGGACCCUUUUAUUUCUGCAGGUUAUUGCUUGAUGACUUGGGAAUGAAUUCUUGGGACAGAAGGAAGAAUUUUCAUCUGUUGAAGAAAAAUUCAAAAUUAUUGAGAGAGCUAAAAAAUUUGGACUCCCGCCAGUGCCGUGAGACACACAAAAUCGCAGUGUUUUACAUUGCUGAAGGUCAAGAAGACAAGUGUUCAAUCCUCUCUAACGAAAGAGGAAGCCAAGCAUAUGAAGACUUUGUUGCUGGACUUGGAUGGGAGGUGGAUCUCUCCACCCACUGUGGGUUCAUGGGUGGCCUUCAGCGCAAUGGCAGCACCGGGCAGACAGCCCCUUACUAUGCUACCUCGACUGUGGAAGUGAUUUUCCACGUUUCCACUCGAAUGCCGUCAGACUCAGAUGAUUCCCUCACCAAAAAGCUUCGUCACUUGGGGAAUGACGAGGUCCAUAUUGUCUGGUCUGAACACUCCAGAGAUUACCGCAGGGGUAUUAUCCCAACCGCCUUUGGAGAUGUUUCAAUCGUUAUUUACCCAAUGAAGAAUCACAUGUUCUUCAUCGCGAUAACGAAGAAACCUGAGGUUCCAUUUUUUGGGCCUCUGUUCGAUGGAGCCAUAGUGAGUGGGAAGCUGCUGCCAAGCCUUGUAUGUGCCACGUGCAUCAACGCCAGCAGGGCUGUGAAGUGCCUCAUCCCACUCUACCAGAGCUUCUAUGAAGAGCGAGCUCUGUAUCUCGAAGCAAUAAUUCAGAACCACCGCGAAGUCAUGACAUUCGAGGAUUUCGCAGCCCAAGUCUUUUCUCCCUCUCCCAGCUACUCCCUCAGCGGAACGGAUUAAAACACGUAAAGGUCUCAUUACAAUAUUUGAGCAAGGGGCCCUGGCCUCCAGUCUGAGUGCUGACCUCGAAGAGCCCCUGAGUGAGGAGGAGACAGAACACCCUCUCCUGCCUCUGCCCCGAGCCACUAAACCCAGAAUCUCCAGGAAAUUUCAUUGCUGUACUAGUGCCCUCAGCAGGUCUUCCCAUUAGUGGACUUCUGAAGCCCAUGGUGAAUCCCACUACAGCAUCUCUGAUGGGACUCAAACUAGGCUGUAUCAUCUUGUCCUGAAACCUCACAAACCUUGGACUUCCAAAGAAGAAACGAAAAAGUCACCAAAAACCAGAGAUGAACCCACUGUCACAUGGGCAUUGGUGUGGCUGCUCUGGGCAGAUCACAGCAGGAAAAGAUUCUGCGCUUUCAGGGAGGGGCGGAGGGCAGCUGGCUUCUGCACCCCAAGUUGUUUCUUCUCAUUUAUGAACCCAAGCGUGAUUCACAGAGGGGCUGGCGAAACCAUUGUCUGACUGAGGAAUUCUAUCUGCAUUGAUUUUGCUAGUUCCUUUUAAGUUAGGAUUUAUGAUUUACUCAAAACUUUCAUCAUCGUGGAAAUUGGCUUUCCCCAGGGUCUUUUGCCCAGGAGAUGUUUUACCUCAGUUGUCCAGUGUUGUUCCACCUGGUACCUGACGCCCUCUAACUGAGCAAGGUUCUGCUCACCACGCAGAGGCCCUUCAGGUCGUGACAGUGAUGCCCGUAUCUUAGAACACUCAGAAGAUUCCAGAAAUACAGGGUCCUGUCCUUGCAUAAGUUCCUGCAGGACAGGAAGUGUCCUAAGGCUCAAAACAGCACAGACCACAUCCACACAAAAGGCGCAUGCCAGCUUCAGGCGCUAGGCUGAGCCGGGCACCCCCCGGAUGGCCUUGUGCCUCCAGAAGCCUCACGCUGCAACUUGGCUCCUAUCUGUUGCCCAGAGAGGCCUCAGACAGGCCUCGGAAAUGUUUCUUGUCACACAAAGCUUUUGGUAGCAGAUUCCAAGCAAGGGAUUUAAUCCUUAUAUUUUUGCCCAUUUGGCUCCAAGGAAGGCACAUUAGACCUGUUUUUUUUUUUCUUUCUUUCUUUCUUAAAAAAAUGAAUGAAUUAAUUAAUGAAUGAAAGAAAAGAGAAGCAAUGGUAAGCCCUCUCCUGCUGCAGGGCACUGGGUGGGCCCUGCCCGUCCUGCAGCAGAGAAAUCAGUCAGCAGUGAAGAGCUGCUGGCACGGACCCCGGGCUCUGCCCUGGACCCUUGACCUGCCUCAGAGCUAGAGGUUUGCUCCACCCCGCACUUCACUUGGGAAGUAAAUCCGAGAAACUCAUCAAAGUCAAUCCCCACUGCGCAGGCUUUGUUCUCACAGUGGCUGGGGACAGAGCAACGCCCUGCAGUGGGAAGAGAGAGCAGCACGAGAGACGCAGCCCCUAACUCGGCGUAUGAUGGGUGGGCCAGUCCUGGGAAAGGUGGGCCCUGUGCAUGAGGUCUCCCUGCUGUCCUCUGCCCUCUGCCCUCUGCCCUUGCACACACUUGUUACCUUCAGGCUGCUUGGCCACCCAGGCCUGAAGAAGCUUUCUGAGGCUCUUACCCCAUCAGAGCGGCCAUUUUCACUGAGGAGCCAGUGUUUUCCAUUAGCUAUUGAGCUGGUUUGGCUGGAACCUGGCCUUUGUAGAGAGAACGGGAAGACCCAGGAGCCAGACUCACUCUUGGGACAAAUGAGAAAGGGCUGAGCCAGUCAUUCUGUCAGAAGGGCGGGCCUGCUCAUCCUGGAGAGAAUUUGCUUUUCUGCUUUAUAGGGGAUUGCAGGUAGCACUUGAGGCCAGGCCACUGACAGGAGCACCUUGAGAAUCACCUGAACACAAGAGAAUGAGGGUGCCCCAAAAUGGAAGGAAGCUUCCAGCCCCUGGGCUGUUUUGGGAAGGGCCCAGGGUACUCACCGGGCCUGAAGGGCAAUGUGAAGAGGGACUGCAAGUCCUGACAUUUUCUGUGGUGUCAGCAAACGCCCCUUUAUUUUAAAUGAUUCCAGACUUCUGGGCCGUGUCACUUGGCCACCGUCACUCAGGUUUGAUCCUGCUGUUGAGCUGCUCCUGUCUCCUGUUUACCUCACUCCUGUUGGGAAGGCCAUCGCAUGCUCCUAGGCUCCAGAGUCCCCUGUAGGUCUCUACCAGCAGGUCGCCUCUGGGAGAAAUUUCAUCUUCAGGCACUAGAAGCUCCUGUUGCGGAAUUCCUGGCUGUAGUAGAAAAGAUAUGUCAGGAUUUAGAAAUCGUAUUUAACUCUCCUGGACUUCUGUUCCAUGAUUUCAUUUUGCUUCCACGAACCAGCCAUCCCGACCUUGGGGUGGGAAAUUCAGUGGUAGGCAGCAAAUAACUCAACCUUCCUGUAACCCCUGAGGACCUCAUGACCCCAGAUGACAGCCAGCAGUUUGGUGAGUGGAGUUUUUUUUGAGCCCGCCAUUCUCGGUAGCAGCCUUGGUCUGGAGAUUUGGAAUGUGGAGCCGGGAAUCUGACAGCCACGUUUCUCAUGGUCACAUGGACUGGAGUCGUUUUUGUUAUUUGGGGUGGAAAAUUGCAAUGAUCAAGCUUCUUUUUUUUUUUUUUUUUUUUUUUUUUUACUUAGAAAAGCAAAUAUUGUGUUUUUGUAAUAAAUCCCUUUCAGCAAAAUUGCGGCGGAUCAUUCAUCCAGCAGGGCCCCACCUGAGGCACAGCGCCGACUCAUCACGGUGGUACCAGUGGGUCAGCCAUCUGGAAACAGAAGUGGCCCUAAUUGGGCCAAAAUGUGGUAAGACUCGCUGGCCUCAGGCAGGGCCAGGCCAGCUCCCUCACUUCUCUGCGCACCUGUUCCCAGAGUCCAUCCAGAGCAAAGCUGAUGUUUAUAGUCUCAUUGUACUUAGGCUUUUGUACUUUAAAAAAUUAUGACUUUUUAAAAAUAAUCAAGCCUUCAGCAGACAGAAGUGAAGAAAUUUAGCCUGGGUUGCCUCAGCCACAAAGUCUGCAGUUCCUAAGAGCCACAUGUUGGGAAAGUGGGGUGACCCAAACUUGGUGACAUGGGUUGAUUGAUCAGACCCUUAGCCUUACAAGCAAGAGCUCAUGCAGAUCCACAGACCCCUGCACAUCCUGUCUUCCUGACCUUCCUCAGGUGGCACCACCUGCGCCCCAUGGACCUGCUGUAUUGGUGUCAUGUGGAGGUCUGAUGAAUCCUUUAAAACCUAACUGUGAUGUCGUAAAUGUAACUGUGCUACCUUUAUAUCUACUGAAGGGGAACGUCUGCAUCCAAGGGAGAUUCAACAGGAAACAACCAUCGUUUUAGUUGCACUCAGUCUGUCAGUAUGACAUACACAUGAAAUGAAUGUUUCCCGAUGUUUUCAGGUCUACAAUGUUUAGUACAUGUAAAUAAGGAAAAAAAUUGAUAAAUACGGUAAAUUAAGUUAUAGCGUGUCAUUUGAUUCUUAUUUUGCUGUCUCUUGUUAUUUAAUUUUCCUAAUGCUCCACAUCUAGGUUCCUUCCUAGGUGGUAGGAACACCUUGCAGACGUGUGUGCGCCAGGACACACCACGGCACAGGCAGCCACAGCGAGAAAGCACACAUCUCCGCAGAUGGCAGCCACCCGACUCUCCAGUUAACCUCUUUUACUCUUUAAUUCUGAUUUACUGUGAUGAUUUCAUAAAGUGGAAACACAGCACUUCAGUGCUAUAUGUUUCUGUCAUUCUCAUUAUAGUUUAUAAGAAAAUAAAGUUUACCCUGGCAUCUAA